CGCUGAAAAAAUUGCAACAUUCUUACAGAAUGAAAUAAAUACUACAUUUUGGAAAUAUGUGAUUAAGAGACAAUAUUUUCAUUUUAUAAAAAUAUAUUUUAUAGCAAUCUCCAAAAUGACAGCUUAUUUAAUUGAUAGCUACGAGUGGCACGAUAUUAAUAAAAAUGCUUUUCUAUUACGCAACUAAAAUUCGAGAGUUGGUGCACCCCAGUAAUAGUAAAAUAACCGAAGAUGGUAAUAACCCCAAUCUCGAAGAAAAAUCAGUUGCACUUUUUAACAACGGGCCAAAAUAUUGGGCUUUAACCUUCGUUGGAUAUAUACCUUCAACUUAUUCCUUAAUAAGAAAUCAGUCAUUACCCGAAAUUGAUAUUUCUAGUUACAAGGAAAAAUUUAACACAAUAUUUCGUCCAAGUUGGGGUUUAGCCGUUGUAGGUUAUGUACCGGUACUUGGAAACUUUGCAAAUUUAGCAUCUGCUCUGCAUGCGUAUGCAAAUGGAGAUCCUUGGUUUGGUCACCAAAAACUGGCCGAAACUUUUGUUGGCACUUAUCUUGACAUAAUGUCAGGAGGAAUGAUGACCAGUGGAGGUGUGAGUGAGUUUGCAAUUGUAAUUUCAACAAGAAUGGGUGCUUUUUAUGGGUUGCAUCAAUUUAUGAAUCCCUAUGUGCACUCCAAACAAAAUUAAGUUACUACACUAACACAAGACAUCUUAUUUUUGCAAAGAUUGCUUUUUUAACAAAUAGACUUAAUAUAUAAAGGCAUUUUGUGUAUUCGAUUUAAACUAAAAGAAAUAUAAUGACGUUCUUUACAA